AUGGGUACCUCAGCGGGGCAGAGACAAAGAGUGCCGCCGCCGUCCGCCGUCGACUGCUGCUGUGGUGUGCUGUCUCACAAUAGCACGCCGAACAGCAGUACCAGCAUCAUGUCCACCCAAAUCCAGGAGCUCAUCGCUGCGGAGACGAAGGCCUCCUCUAUCGUUGCGGAGGCCCGGGCAUCGCGAUCAAAGCGCAUGAAGGAGGCCAAGAAGGAGGCCGAGGCCCUCUGCAACGCCUUCCGCGCGGAGAAGGAGGCGGCUUACCAGGCUAGCAUGCAGAAGUCGAUGGGGUCAACAGGAAAGGAAGGGGACACGCUGGGCGCACAAACCGACGCUGCGAUCCAGAGUAUGACCGACGACUACUCUAAGAACAAGGAGGUCGUCGGCGACCUUCUCGUACACGAAGUGUGCCACAUCGUAUACAGCGUACCGGAGGGCCUUAAGUCUCGCGAAAUGCAGCAGGCGUGAGAACCUUUGUUUCUUAUUGGCCAUGGGGAGACUAGGCACCAGGGUUAGGGGGGGUAGGGGUCCCGUUUUUUUUUUUUUUGUCCAGCAGCAAGCCACACUCACCGUUUGAUUUUCCGGAUAACCUGGCGCGUGGCCUUGCGGUGUCAGGGUUUGUUGGACCCGAUU